CAGCAGCGUGCGCAGAGACGUUGGAGUCUCCUGAGCCGCCAAGUCGUUUUCGACAAACCAGGGACUGAAUUCUUACCAUUUUUAAAAGACACCCUGCACUUUUUCCUCUCAAGGUUUCUUCUCUUUCGUCCGUAUAUUUUCUCUUCAGUAUGUGCUGAUGUUGAAAGGGAGAGGGGAAGGAAGAAUGGGCGAAACCCUCAGGUUCCCCCUGUAACUCUGGAAAUGGAUCCGACGUUCUCACGGGGAGACAAAGGCCAGCCUACAUUUAUUUACAAGAGUAGACUAUUGGAACUCAACAUUGAAACAGAGAAUGAGGUCCAUUUGGAGGAGAUGGGCUGGGCUGGCAUGAGGAUGCAAGAGUGGGCCCUGUGGGAGCAGCACCGCAAUCCUGCGCCAUUCUCUUCCUGGAUGAUGGAGGGCGAGCCCAUUACCUCUACUCUCUCCCUGCUACACUCUGGUGGGGGACACGCGUCCAGAAACAUUGCCACUGCUGGUAUGACCCUGGAGCAGAAGACCACCUUCGCCCUGGUCAUAUUUCUCUUUGUCUUCCUACUCAUCCUCGUUGUGCGCUGCUUCAGGAUCCUUUUAGAUCCCUACAGAAGCAUGCCCACUUCUACCUGGGCCGAUGGCCUAGAUGGGCUAGAGAAAGGCCAGUUUGACAACACACUGGCAUAGAGUGGUACACUUGCAUUGUAUACACUUGUGUAUAUGUAUUUCUCACACACACACAAGUUGUGGCUCUUCUUGUGCGGACUGUAAAUUCGGUACAAUUCAAAUUCCUGUUUUCCCUAACUCUAAUCUUGACCCUAACUUUAACCACAACCAUUAGUCAAAUCUUAACCCCCAAACUAUUCCUAACCCUAACCCUUAAUAUAAUUCUAACCUAUACCCUAAAACCCCCUAGAAAUAAAACUUGAACUUGUGAGGACCAAGAAAAUUUCCUCACAACUUUAAAUGUCCCUUGUUUUACUAUUAUUCAGGGUACCUUUGGUACACACAAAGGAUGCCAUGUGAUAUUGACAGUUUCGCUAUAAACUGUCAUACAGGGGUGAAAUUACACUGUGCAUAUAAAAGACUGCAAUAUUAAACAUGCAGCUACAUGAACACUUCCUUAUUUGGCUGUUCAAUUAUGGACUGGUUAAGGGCCUAUACUGACUUAGUAUGUACCAUAUAGAUAUAUAUAUAUACAUGAACACUCAACAAUGUCCAUAUCUUUUCGGGCCAAUAGCAUGAACUGCCAAAAGAGAGAUUAGUCUCUAGUUUUUAAAAUGACCAGUCAUACACAUAAGUUUAAAAUACACCCUCAAAGUCCAAGUCAGAUUCAUUUGUUUAUCUGGCUUGAAUACAAAACACAAGAUAUUGGCAUUACAAAAUAAAUAGACAGACACAUACCCACAGACACAUAAACUGAGAUGCCUACACUUUGUAGAAAUCUUUGCUACUCCCCUCCUUGCUGGGUGUUGUUUACACUAUGAACAUUUAAUGAGUAGCAGACACAAUAGUUACACAUAUUCUGUCAAGUGUCUAUUGUUAUUCUACUCUGGGGCUCCUUCAGUGCCUCACUCAUACAAGGUACUCCUCUUCACAGUAUCUCACUGAGACAAGACAUCAACUACUCAUGUCAGCACUAUGUGAACCUGUGCAUUAGUAGGCUGCUCACAUCCAACCUGGGUUACGAGCUUCUUAAAUGCAUAGUUUGUCUUUCAGGAGUAAACUUGGUAAAAACGGGAGAUGGUUCUGGUUCUUGCAUUUUGAAGAAUUGAGAGUUUUGCUUAGUAAUUAUUCAAUUAUUUGUUUA